GGUGGAACAAUCUAACACAUCACUUUGUACUUCGCGCAACAUGUGCUUGGGUGCGCUGUAUUUCUUUUUUUUAAUUUAGUGAUAUUUCACCUCAGAAAAAAAUCCCAAAUUACAUGCCAGUUGCAUUACAACGGUUUUGCGAUCUAUUGUGCUGUUUAUUAAUACAUUUUAUACACUUCAGACAAACAUCCACGUGAAAAGGAGGUAACGAAACGUUUGACCAAACUGGGACAACAGUUUACUUUCUACUUGUUUCUGAUGAUGUUUUUUGCCGCCUGUCUUUACGGAGUGACACCUUUCUUCAUCAUGGCCUAUAAUUGGUCCCAGGGACAGAAACCUCUAGUAAAACUGUUGCCAUUCAAGUUAGCAUUGCCGUUUGAUUCACAAAACUCUUUCUACUUUGUACUAACAACAAUAUUUUUAAACUACGCCUCCGCUCCUACCAUAACCUCACAAUCGGGCAGUGAUGCACUAUUCGCUGGCAUUUGUCUCUACCUUUCUGGUCAGUUUCAAGCAAUCCGGCUGGAAGUGGAAGCUCUCUCAGUGACACAUGAUGAUAGGUCGUUGAAGGAAUCUUUUAGCAAAACGCAACGCAUAAAUAAGGAACUGCGGCGUAUCAGCAAGCGACAUCAAGAGAUUAUUGACUUAGUAGCGGAAGUACGUCGUGCUUUUAUGCCAAACGUUUUGCUUGUAUACACGGCCACAGCCAUCAUCAUGUGCAUCGUUUGCAUAGCAUUGCUGGUGGUUAGUGAAAAGCACAGGUUUGCAUACGCUCAUUACGAUUUGAAUGUUUACCCUUCCCUUGUUGUACAGGUAGAAGGAAUCUAUAAGCUCACCUACUUACCAUACGCAUUUGCCGAGUUAACCUUACUGUUUUUGUACUCGUACAGUGGCACAAUCAUCCGCGACUCGGUACUUGCUAGGCUGGCAAAGCUUUUAAAAGAACUCAUUUUCUUAAUCCAAUGUUUCAUCUUCCAGAGUGAAGCCGUACAAACGGUGGCGUACGAUUUCCCUUGGUAUCGAUUCGACCGCAACACUCGUCAUCUUAUUCAAAUGAUGAUGAUUAGAGCUCAAUACGGAUCUAACGUUGACGUACCAUUCUUCGAAACAUCCUUGGCCAGCUUUUCGACAGUGAGUAACAUGAUCAUGAUGGUGCGAACCGUUGCGAUGUUUCCACAUGUUUUCCCUUCCAUUCCAGAUCGUUCGUACAGCUUCUUCAUACAUUACCUUAAUGAAAUCCUUCUUGUAAUUCCACACCAAACAACCGGCGUUUUCAAAUUUCAUCAAUAUUCAUGGGCUAUAAAUAAUCCUCAACUUUUUUUUGCAGUACGAGGUCAACCUUUAAUCUUCGCCCCUGUGGCAUUUACCCACAAAUAUUCACACUUGUAAAGAAUCGGAAAAUCUAUAUCAUUAGUAUAAUUAGGUCACCGUCACUGUACUUUUGCUAUGAUGUUAUCAACAACAAAAAACCGCCGUGCCGUUCGUCUUAGAAAACCCACCCCAAGUGUACCUUUCCAGGUUUGGUGCGCAUUUUACGACAUCACAACGAUGACGCUGCGUUCAAGAUGCACUUGCACUGAAAACAUGACGACUUGUCAGGUACGACGACAGGUGCCCACCAUCGUUACUCGCGUGGCAGUAGAGCAAGUUAAUUACGGCAAGCUUAAUGUGUCUAAUAAAAGAUGUUAAUUGCUAGAACUAAAAGCGCGCGUACGUACCCUUUUACAGUAGGUGCUUUCAUCUUGAACUGCCAUCCCGUAAGACGGCGGUCAUGCGAAUGAACCACCAGGAUCCUUCUGGUCACGAAUAGGGUCCCCCUAUUCAUUGCAUGUACGCCAGCUUAAACAUUGUGCCUAGUAUUUGAAUCACACUCAUGCAUGGUUUUUAGCUUUUCGCUCAUUGUACAGAACCACUUAAAAUAUACUUUCGCUUCAACCCAUUCAAACCAAGCCUUUGCAGGCAAGUCUUUUCAUUUGUGGUUAUUGUUAGCAGCCGUAAAAUACGAAUGAAAGUGUGUGGAAAUGCAUGAAUGUUGUUAAUCGAAUGUGUAACAACAACUCGCUGUCUUUUUGGAUGACAUUUUACACUACGAGUAACCCUUUUUCCGAUUGUGGCCUUCUGUGCGACAUAUAUCGCACCCCGUUCAAGGUACUGAGUGUAACAUAUGGUACAAACACUUAACCAGAUUAACUUGCAAUUGGAUCAAUUCAGCUAGAAAAUUGAGUUCUGCACAUAUCCGAUCAUUGCCCCUGGUUUGCCACGCUGUCGGCAGGCGAUUUCCUUGUUAUCGUACAAACGUUUCCAUCGUUUGUAUUUCG